AGCUUGAACUUGAUUGAUCACUCAGAUAGCCUUUUCAAUAUAGUUGCUCAUAUUUACAUGUACAACAUAUCUAAAUUUAUAUAUGUAACUUUGAUAAGUAACUCUUUAUUAUGUUUUCUUCUUAAUGAAUCCUAAUCCUCAUAAUAGCUUAUCCUCAAAUCGUCCAACGGGCAUCACCGGAAGUGCGUCAUCAAAGCUCGAGCACAUGUGUCGUGAGUAAACGAGGAUCAACAACAUGCCGAAAAUUAAGAAGAAAAGUUUUGGGGAUCGUGUGGAACGUGGGGUUUCUCUAGCAGAACAAAUCAUCCACGACAAAUCGGUUAAACAAUCUGGAAGAACCAAACAAAGAAAUCGACGCGUCGGAGACGACGAGUAUGUAGACCAAAAGUUGUCCAAAAAAAUUCUUGCCCAAGCCAGAUUGCAACAGGAAGAGCUGGAAGAAGAACAUGGAGUUUCACAUAGCAAAAAGGAUGCAGGUUCAAAAAAAGCCCACCAAAAAGUUUCUCUUGGUGCAAAAUCAGAUGAUUCUGAUUCUGAAGAGGAGCUCUGUGAAAGUGAACAUUCUCUUGACCCACUGGUGAUAGAUGAAGAGGAUGAAAAGGCCCUGGAAGCUUUCAUGUCAAAAACACCCAAAGUGCAACGCACACUUGCUGAUAUUAUUGCAGAAAAACUGACAGAAAAGCAGACAGAAGUUCGGACUCAUUUAUCGGAUGAUGCCAGUGUUCGAUUGCAAGACUUGGAUGAAAAACUGGUACAGUGUUUCCAGACAGUUGGUGAAAUUCUAUCCAAGUACCGAAGUGGGAAAUUACCCAAAAUUUUUAAACGGCUUCCAAACCUGGAUAAAUGGGAGCAGUUUCUCUACAUCACAAAACCUGAGAAAUGGACAGCAGCUGCUGUGUAUCAGGCCACUCGUAUCUUUGUCUCCAACCUAAGCACUCACUUAGCUCAACAAUUUCUUAAUGUGGUGCUUUUGCCACGUAUCAGAGAUGACAUUGCAGAGUACAAGAAAUUAAACUUCCACCUAUAUGCGGCUGUGCAGAAAGCUCUGUUUAAGCCAGCUGCCUUUCAAGGAAUUCUUCUACCAUUGUGUGAGGCAGGUGAUUGCACUCUGCGUGAAGCAAUCAUCUUGAGUAGCUUGCUGAGUCAAAACAGUGUGCCAAUGCUACAUUCUGCUGUGGCCAUAAGUAAGAUCGCCAUGAUGGAAUAUACUGGUGCCACCUCCAUCUUCAUCAGGACUUUGCUGGACAAGAAGUAUGCUUUGCCAUACAGUACUGUGGACACACUGAUGGCACAUUUUUUACGAUUUAUGCAAGAUGAGCGUAAAUUGCCAGUUCUAUGGCAUCAGUGCCUGCUGACGUUUGUCCAGCGAUACAAGUGUGACCUAACAGCUGAGCAGAAGGAGCAGCUGUAUCAGCUUCUACAUAAGCAUGAGCAUCAUGAAAUCUCCCCAGAGGUGCGGCGCGAGUUGCAGCACUCAGUGUGUCGUGGAGAGGAAACCCCAGAGCAGAACAGUAUGCAGGAGUGACAUCAACAUUUGUCUUCCUGACUCUCCAGUUCCAAGCUUUUGAUUGAAACAUGGACAGUUCAGAUAACGUUGACCGUGCAAGAGGCGUUGUGUGAGACUUUCAGCUUUCUCAGACUCCUGGCUUCCUAAAAGUUGCACUUAGAACCGUUUUUGUGUGUGUGUGUGUGUGACUCUCUUUUAUGUAUGGAUACGAUAUUAGAGACAUGAACUGUUGCUGUGACAGAUCUUUGGAAGACUUUUUCAUCAGGUGGGUGUUAAAAAAAAUAGUAUAAGUACAGUGCUACAAGUCUUUUGGAGGAGAGUUGGCAGAACAGGGUGUGAGAAUGCAUGAAUAAUUGUGUGUAAAUGGAUUUGAAAAGAAUCAAACACAUCUUGAUUUGUGAUAGCCUUGUAUCUGGACAGCUCAGUAAAAUUUGUUAAAGUCUU